AUGGCCAUACUUGCGCUGGUGGCAGGUGCUCUGGCGGUUGUGAUUCUCGUCGCAGGCCUGCUCAACUACUUUGGCAACAGAGUCGAGCACGCCUGUUUUGCCUUGACAUGGGUCUUGAUCCCAUUGCUUCAAUCCUAUACACAGUCGGGAGACUUUACAGUCAUGAAGAGGCUCCGCAGCGCAGUCAGAUACAACAUCAUCUACCAGCUCAUCAUCGGAUCGAUCGCCCUCCUGGGCUUGGUGUUCUUAUGGUACGCCCAGGGUCCAAGCAACUUGAGAGCAUACAUCAUGGCGCUCAGCAACAGUUGGGGUCUGGUCCUCGUUGUUAUCUUUAUGGGCUAUGGCAUGGUCGAUGUGCCAAGGAGGCUGUGGCAUAAAGGAGACAAUGCGCGUGAACUCCGGAGAAUCUCCUUCAAGGCCAGUGUUGUCAAGGACAAGCGACAAGACACCGAAGACGAAGUGCAUCAUGUCGCCAAGGAACUGUCUGUGGUUUGCCACAAGGUUCAGCAUUCGGAUCCCCUUCGACCCUAUGUCGACAAGAUGGUCGAAGGCUUCCCUGCUGUGAGGGGCGUCCAAUUCGAGUCCAACAGGACAUCUUCGCCUAUUCCCCCCUCCCAGAGUCAAAGGAGUGAGCUUCAUGGAAUGAACGCAGGUUUGCCAUUAGGAAGCUCGAGGCCAGGAACAGGAGCGACAUUGGGCGGCCGUAAACACUCUAUGGAUGGAUUGGUCCCCAAUGCUAUCACGGAAAAGUACCUUGCCGAUCUACAUGCCAGGAUCAAGCGUGCACUGAGAAUGAGCGACCGAUGGAACGCUAUUUGGCGCGACUUGCAAAAGGCAGGAUUCUUGGCGCAGGACAUUCAGGAGAACAUGGACAACCCAGAAAAAAAGUUCCGGUCGACUUUGCGUCCUUUGACAUCAAAGCCCAAGAACUGGCAGCUUUCACUCGAGUGGGUCUGGCAUUUGAAACUGCGCCCGAUCUUGCUGCGAUCGCUGGCAGUAGUGUGUGCGGCUUUGUCGCUGUUGAUUGUUUGGUCCGAGAUGACCUACCAGAACGUCAACCCUGUGUUGAGUGUCAUUGGACUCUUGGUUCAAGUAGCUCGGGAUCGCAUGUCGUAUGGAGCAAUCGAGGCUGUGAGCUUCUUCACCAUGCUGUACAUGUGCACAUGCGCCUACACCACACUUAUGAAGAUGAGGCUGCUCAACAAUUACGUUCUCGUUCCCAACCACCACACGGAUGAGCCAACGUUACUAUUUAUCGGAUCAUACCUCUGCCGUCUCACGUUCCCUCUGGUGUACAACUAUCUUACUAUCUCGUCUGCAGGAAAAGAGGACAGCACUGUCUUUGCCGGAUACAUGGGAAAGAUCGAUAUGGUUCCGUUUUUGGGCGAGUUUAACUACUACAUGCCCUAUGUGAUCCUUGUCCCUACUUUGAUCACGCUCUUCAACGUUUUCGCGAAGAUGUUUGCCGUCUGCAGCAUCUCUGACAACUUUUUCGACAACGAUGACGACGAGGGCGGCAUCGGUGGCGAUCUUGAAGAGGGUGUUCAAGUCUUGAAGGAUGCUCGAAGGGACGAAGAAAGGCGGUUGCUGCCAGAGCGCGCAGGUCUCAACAGGGAUUUCACAGCACGACGAGGAGCAGCAUUCGAGACAUACAACAACAACAAGAACAAGCAGAACCGCAGGAGAGGAGAUACACCACCAACACACAUACUGGGAGAAGGAUCGAGUGCAAGUGCAUGGAGAGAUGUCCGACCCAGCCCCAGCGGUAACUCUCAACGAACCUUCCAUGAGCCUUACUUUGACGACUCAACAGAUGACGACGACUCUAGCAGCGUCUAUACUGGUUUUAAUCGUCGAGAAUCCGCAGAUCAUAUGGGAUCGUCAGGACCUGGAACAGGAGCUGGAACGCACCCAGGUGGUCGAGUCAGGAGCUCGAUUGAUUCGCCCAGUCGAGGCCACCUUCAACGGCAAACGACCAAAUUGGACACUCAGCCAACACCGGGACCGUUCAAGUCGCUUUGGCAAAAGAUGGUUGGACCCAAGCAAGCGAUUGCGCUGGAUGGCACCAAUACUCCAGACCCAACGGACAGUGAUGGAGCGCGGUCGAGCAUUGAGAGCACUGGGCAUGAAGGAGGCCAUGUACCCUCGAGUUAUACCGGCCGGAGUACGUUCCGCCCAGACAGGAAUUCUACAUCGGCGGCAGGAAGGACGGGACCGGCACUGAUGUUUGCGUCAGUGCAGCAACAGCCCUCAAGUUACUCGCGGCCGUCGCUGCAAGAGGAUGAGAACCGGGAUCGAGACCGGCUGUUGUCUGUUCAUGAUGCGAGAACGCGGCCUGGAGGAUCGAGUGCGUCGUCACCACGGGCCCAUAGUCCUCAGGGUCGGGUUAUUGGUCAAGGAGGACAAGGAGGACAAGGAGGACAGGGGGGACAGGGGGGGACGAACUCUGGAAGAAACAGUCGGCCGAAUAGCCGGAUUUUUGGCGCUUCAUCGCCUCAGCAUGGCAACAGCACCAAUCGGCAACCCAGUCCCCUAGUCAACAUCUUUGACGACGAUGAGUGA